AUGCUCUUCCCUCAGUUUGUCGUGAGCGCCGCUUUACUCGCCUCGUCCGGGGCGGCGCAGACGACACCGGCCUCGUCCGGCGGCGGCUCUCGCGUCUGGCAGUGGCGCAACUACGGCGACGCCAAACCCGUCUCGCCCCUCCGGCAGGCCGUGACGAUGCACGUGCCCCCCGACACCGACAUCUGGCGACCGGCCGCGGACCGCGACAACUUCACCGCCCCGUUCCUCUUCACCACCGUGUCCGCGUCGGCGUUUGCCAGCGUGCAGGUCACCGUCACGGCGCCGUGGAGGACGCUCUACGACCAGGGCGGGCUCGUCCUCGCCUACCCGCCGUCGUCGGGCCGCGCCGCCGCCGCCGCAGGCGCGCGGUCCAUCAAGGCCGGCGUCGAAUUUACCGACGGCGCGCCCGCGCUCGGCGUCGUCGGCACCGACAUCCUGUCCGACUGGAGCCUGAGCCCCAUCGUGGACACGGCGCGCGCCAGCGUCACCGUCCGCAUCGAGCGCCAGGGGACCGACGCGUGGGUGUACGUGCUGGAGAACCACGGCCGCACGAGGCGCCAGCUGCGGCAGGUCACUUGGGCGUUCAACAAAGAUGACGGCCAGGGCCUGGCAAGCUGUAUUUACGUGGGAAUCUACGGCGCCAAGCCCACGCGUGAGAGCGCCCCGGCGGACCCCUUGACCAAGCUCCCAGUCACGUUUUCCGACUUUCAGUUAAACCUGAGGGAGGAAUGA